CUCUGCAUGGCGGUCUCGGCGGCGGCGGCAAAUCCACUGGGGCGUUUUUUUUUUCUCUGCUCCGGUAACUCCGAAUCUUACUCCGAACUCCGAUUCCCCUUUUGCGAGCAGUGUGCGUGCGUACGUUGGCUGUGCGGUCAUUCGAAGUCGAACCGCGACAAUCGCUCUCUUUUUCCCUGUAAAUUAUUCAUUUUUUUUACAUUUUACCCAAUUGUUAUCACGCAUCAAUCCCAUCUCUGUAAAUAGGUUCGUAAGGGUAUAUAAGUACGAGUAACGAGUUCUUGAAAAAAAGGAAAAUAAGGUCAGACUACCACAAGAGUAUAUACGUUUAUUCGUCAGCAUUCAUUGUACACAAAAUUCUAUUGUUUUCCUCAAUAAGAAAUACAUCACAUCCUGCAACUUGGUACUUAUUGGACAUAAAAGUAAAACAGCUACAUUGUUCAGUUAGUGCUUUCCCAUACAGCAGGAAGAGGAAGAUUCCUGCGGAUCGAUCUCCGCCGGUGGCUGUUUGUAGCUGCAGCGUGGGAGAAGGAAAAGAGGAGAGCAACGAGGGAGUACUUAAAAAGAAAAAAAAAAAAAAAAGAAGGGUAGUAGGUAUAGCAAAAACGGUGUUCACCUAUAACAAAUCCUGCAAUACCUCUCGAUGCGCAGAGGGUUGCCGCUGCAGUAGCAGUCCGAGGAUACAUAACCUGCCAGGAUAUUCGUUAUCCUCUCGACAUGCAGGUAUCUUCCACCAUCGUCUGAACGAACGAGAUUCGCGGGACCGGCCAGCCGUGCCCCGUCGUCGCGAAAAGAAGAACGGAAAAUGCCCCCGGCCUUCGUUGUGGUGAAACAACGUCUGGAUUGAACCACGUCCAGCUGCCGCCCAGUCAUGGACCUGAUAGUCAAGAGCGAGGAGGCUGACAAGUUGUCGGUGCACGAGAGCGCUGCAACGGUGUCGCGCCAAGACUCGGGCAUGCCGGCAGAGGAGGAGGAAGAGGAGGAGGAGCGCCUAGUCGAGCCGAAGGGUGCCUCCCUCGACGGGAGCGACGCGAUGAACGACAGCGAGUGCAACGUCACGGUCAUCCACGUGGUUAACGUGGCGUCCGCGGGAUCCGGGGCCAACAUCCCCGUGGAGGACGAGACGACCGGCACGCCCGUCGCCGACAACGACAAGAAGGAUUACCCGGGCGAGGGCAAGGAUGGCAGCGACAGCGGUGUCGAGGGUUGCGCCGCCGAGCCACCCAGGGUCCAGAGCCGCAACAGCGUCGACUAUGCGAGCAGCUGCAACGGCCUGGACGAGGCCUCGUGCGACUCGAGCCUCGUCAGCUGCUGUUCCGUCUACGAGGACCCCUGCGCCACUUUGCCUGACGACAUGCGCCUCAGCGGUGGUAGCAGCGGCCCGGCUACGACCAACGGCGCCACCACCAACGGCCCGGCCAGUGUUGGGGUCCGGCCCGAGGGUACGAGCGAGGCCGGCAGCGAGAGCUCCUCCAUCGCGGGUAGCGUCUCAGCAGCUCGUUGCCCGCAAAAGAGGCCCGCCACCGUUCCCGGGGCCCAGAACAAGAAGAAACCCGUUGCCCACAGCACGGCCGACUCGCAUCAGAGGACCAGCAGCAGUCAGCGCAACGGCGCCAGUGCGAUCGUCAACGGCACGACGUCGACGGGCGCGAGGGCAAAGCCGCGCGUGCUCACCAAGUCGCAGAGCGUCACGAGUAGCAGCAGCAGCAGCAGGGAUAGGGGCCGGUCGAGGGAAAAGUCGUCGGCCAAGGGCACGAGGGACGGCUCGUUGGCCGCUGUCGCCCGAAACUCGUCGACCACGAGGAGCAGCAGCGUCACCGCGAGCACCGCGGCUUCGAGGUCCCGGACGAGACCGGACUCGCUACCGUCGGCCCUCACCACCGAGAUCAACAAGGACCUGGCGGCGCAACGCGGCAGGGGCACGAGCGCCCGGGCUCCCAGAGGAGGCUCGAGCACGCGCGCGAGCACCCGGAAGACGGGCACCCCGAACUCCACACCAUCCGAGGACGGACGCAAAUCCCUGGGUCGCAGCACAAGUUUGUACGGAGGUCGGCCGGACGCGACGAGAAAUGCUCGCUUCCUGGACAAGAUGGCCGUUAGCAUGGACACCAAGACCCUGGACGCUUACGGUACGUUGCCGCGGGCGGGCGCGAGGAGCACCAGAUUCGCGGUGCCAAAGUCAGCGGCUGAGAAACCUCCGGUGGCGAGUCGUAGCAGGUCAGGAAGCCGAGACGCCAGUCUCAACAGGCUGCUGGGGCGCAAAGCCAUCAAUGGCUCGAGCAAUGGUAUCAACGGGCCGCAGUACAAAGGCUUGCCACCGUAUCCUAAGCAGAAGAUGGCGGAGAGGACGCGGAUCUACCACGAGACGAGCGUACAGACGGGGCUGACGGGUAAGGACAUCGACAACUGCCUGGCCGGAGUGGCGACGAUCAUUCCGAAUCCCGAGAGCGUCGAGACGUCCGAGAGACCCAGCCAGACGGAGGGUACCUGGGAGGAUUUGCAGCGGCUGAAGGCUGAUUUGAAGAAGACGAGCGAGGAGAGCGAGGUGAGGAAGAAGGACAACGAGAAGCUCAAGGCUGAGGUCGCGGAGUUGCGAAAAAAGCUGGAGGAGGAGCAGGCGGACCACGCUUUCGCCAGGCAGGAGUUGGAUAAGAACGCCCAGAGGGUUCUGGCCAUGCUGGGAACGCCGCAGUCGGAGCAUGCAGAUGGGAACGAUAGUUUCUUGGAGCUGGAGUCUCAUUUUCAAUCUUCAGGACAAGUUCUUGCUAGUCAACAAGUCGAGAUUGCUGAUCUGCAAUCGCUCUGCAGGAUGUUGAGCAGGGAUUUGGAAAAGAACAUAGCUGCACAGAAGCAGCUGAUCCUUCAGCAGCAGGAAUUGGAAGCCGAGUCCUUGGAGAUGCAAGACUUUUUGCAAGAGGAGAAAGCUACUCUGGAAACAGCCUUGAAAGAGUCGGAAGCAGAGUUGAAGAGGAAGGAUGAAAAAAUGCAAAAACUGUCGUCAGAAUUGGAAAGACAAACCGAGGAGUGCAAGCAUCUCGUUAGAAUCAGCGAGCAGAGGCGACAGGAAAACUUGUCGCUGAGCAUGAAACUUAAUGCCGUCGAAAGAAGGAGCAAGGAGCUUUUGCUCGCGCAAGGAGCGGCUGCGUCUGGUGCCUCGGUCGCUCUUUCGGGGCUCGGAAGUCGGCUCGAGGCACUCGUGGAUCAGUUAAUUGUGUCCUACAAUAUUUCCGAGAAAGAUCUUGAGGACGUCAUUUAUCAUAAUGAAGCCUUUAGUAGAAGCAACAGUAGCAUCGAGUCGAGCCCUGUAAGUUCCAAGCACAGUAUCAAAGACUGCACACCGAGUCCUAAGAGAGGUUCUUUUGUUUCGGCUGUUAUUGGAGCUAUCAGGAAUGCUGCAACGCAUCCUUUUGCGACCAAACACACGAGUGAAAAGAAAUCCUCCGAGUCGUCUAAAGUUGUACGAAAAGACUUGAGCAUAGAAUCUUCGUCCGAUAUUCUCGACUUUGAAACAGAACCUUGCCUAAUGAUGGAAAGUGUUUUAGAAGAUGUUCCUUUACCAGACACCUAUUCACACAAUAUGGUAUCCAGCUCUGAUUCGCUCAGGCGAGUCUUAAAUGUUCCUGAAACUGUCGAAGAAAGUGUUAAUAUUAACGGAGAGUCUAGUAGCAGCCUAACAAACCUAACGCAAGCCAUACUGCAUAGACGCAGAGUCGAAGACGAAGAAGAAGAAAAUUGCGAAUCGAUAAGCGAAUCAGAAAACGGUCCGUCCGAAGCUACGCUACCCAUGACUGAAUACUGUCCAGCCACUAGUCUUGUAGAUCAAGUCAUUGAUGUUGACAAUCUUGUCACUAAAUUGUUGAAAGUUUUACGUAUCAUUCAAUUGGACAACGACACUUGCAUUCAAGAAUUAAAAGACGAUAAAAUCGAUUUGGAAACGAGGCUAGAGAUGCUUCUAGCUGAGAAAAAGACUGCAGAAAACUCAAAAGAAUUUGAAAGAGGAGUUUUAAGCAACGGUUUGGAUGAUCGAAACAGCAUAAUCGAGAAUUGCAAAUAUGUGAUAAAAGAGAUGAACGAUGUGAAGGAAUUGAUUGUUGAUGGUGCGGAGAAGGACAAACGUGUGGUUGAGGAAUCAAAAGAUGGUGAUCAAAAUGCCAAUGCGACUGUUCUCUUGUCGUCAAGCGUGUGCUUUUAAAGCUUUAAAGUAGAGGAUUCUAUUUUUAUCAAUUCUAUGAGUCAAUUUUUCUCUUCCUAAGAUACAGGUUAUCAACCCUGAUCUUCAAUUGAUUAAAUUAAUUAGAUUAAAUGGUAUCUUGAAGGUAUGUAGUGCGAUCUUGCUGAGAAAAUUCUUAAUUUCCUCUAUUGUACAUAACAAAAAAUACGUAUCAAAUAACUUUAAAGUUGUUUCUUCGUAUAGAUAGGGUUACGAACGAACGAACGAACGAACAAAAUGCUAAUGAAUUGACAAAAAAUGUGUCGUAUUGUGAUUUGACGUGGUUGUUAGAGAAAAAAAAAUAUCAGUGAUUUGUUGAGGUAGUUGUACAUAGUGAAUAGUGAGUUUUAGUACGUGAGCUACAGACAAAAAAAAAAAAAAAAAAAU